AAUAUAUACAGAAAAAGGUCAAUCCGAAGCUAAGCUUAUUUUCCUCUUUAUAUAAACACGAUCGUAAUUCUAUAAUUCAACAAACUCUUCAUUUCGUUUUUUUCCAUUUCUCGACCAAAGCGCGCACACACACACAAAAAGUGUUUUUUGAGAAAUCAAAUCAAAUCGAAUCAAAUCAAAUGGAAAAAGAAAGAGAGAUAGAGAUGAUCAACAAGAUGGCAAGCUGCUUGGUUUAUCUAUCAAAGUAUCACCACCACGACACCAAAAGCCGCGUUUUCGCGUGCAAGACAUGCAACAAGGAGUUCCCGUCGUUCCAAGCCUUGGGAGGCCACCGAGCAAGCCACCGCAGAUCGGCGGCUCUUGAAGGCCACGCACCUCCUUCUCCCAAGAGAGUCAAACCGGUGAAACACGAGUGUCCUAUAUGCGGUGCCGAGUUCGCCAUAGGGCAAGCCUUGGGUGGUCACAUGCGGAAGCAUAGAGGAGGAGGAGGUAGCCGAAGUUUGGCACCAACGCCGGUAACGAUGAAGAAAUCCGGCGGGGGUAACGGAAAGAGGGUCUUGUGUUUGGAUUUGAACUUGACGCCGGGAGAGAAUGAUUAUUUGACGUUGGAGCUUGGGAGGUUGUGAUUUUCUGAUCUUUUACUUUCUUCUUCUUUUGUGGAUAUAAUUGUGUAGAGAGAGGUUAUUUUAUUUUAUUUUGGACUCCAGUAGUUGUGUAUGAAGAACUUAAUUAUGGUACUGUUAUCUAUAGACAUAUAUACACCUUGUCUAUAUUGUCGAGUUAUUAUAAUUUAAUAACUAAUAUAUAGGUCUGCCAAAUCUUUUUGUUGAAUUA